GCAGUAGCCCAGCAGUAGCCGCCAUACAUGCACCAAAAAUAAAAUUGUGAGGAAUUUUUGCUUCUUUCAAUUUAUUUGUUAUAAAAUAUUAAUUUAAUUGUAAACAUAAUCUAGUAUAGGUUUAGGUGUACUUCGUAAUAUUAUUGACACAAUAGUCUUGAUCGCGUGAGGCUGCUCCGGCCCUGUCGCAGCUGUUGCGCUGUCGUCGGUGGCCUUCGUCGGUAUUCGUCGGCUCAGCAGGCUCAAUCGGAUCAGUGCCAGGCAAAAUUCUUCAAGCCGCCGGAAAUUUACCGCUUCCUCCUAGGCAAAGCUGGUAGAGGAAACCUUGGCCUACGCUGGAGGCAAUGUUAGCUGGAUCCUAGCUGGAGAGUGGAGCCGGUAAAGCCGCUCAUCAACGCCUAGAGUACGAGGUAGAGUACGUACGAGUCAGCAACGCCAACAGCUCAGCUUUGAUCAGGCCAGCAAUUCAACAGACUUGGAGGAGUCAGCAUGGCGAAGCUCAUCCGCUGGGAGAACCUGCUCACGUACGAUACCUUGGUGCACGCCGUGGCCGGUGCAGCCGGCAGUGCCGUCGCCAUGACCGUCUUCUUCCCCCUGGACACUGUCCGGUCGCGCCUGCAAGUCGAGGAACGCCGCGAGCCCAAAGGCACGCUGGUCUUGCUGCGCGAACUGGUCGCCGACGAGGGCCCCGGCAGCGUGUACCGCGGCCUGGGUCCAGUGCUCACGUCGCUCUGGUGCUCCAACUUCGUGUACUUCUACAGCUUCCACGGUCUGCGGAGCGUAACGGCCGCCGGCGGCCACAGCGCUCUCUCGGAUCUCUUCCUGGCAUCGGUGGCGGGCGUCGUGAACGUGCUGGCCACGACGCCCCUGUGGGUGGUCAACACCCGCAUAAAGAUGCAGGGCGCCAAGGUCCUGGCGGGAGACAGCCUCCGCAGGCACCCCCGCUACGAGGGCCUUUGGCACGGGCUGCGUCACAUCGCGCGAACCGAGGGCCUGGCCGCGCUCUGGGCAAGCACUCUGCCGUCGCUGGUGCUCGUGUCCAGCCCUGCCGUCCAGUUCAUGGUGUACGAAGCGCUCAAGCGACGCGCGGCCGACGCGCAGUUGCCGCUCAGCGGGGCCGUGGUGUUUGCCAUCGGCGCCCUCUCCAAGGUCAUCUCGACCGUGGCCACCUACCCGCUGCAGCUGGUCCAGGCCAAGCUGCGCUACGGCUGCCCCGAGGCCGACAAGGGCCUCGCGGGCCUGCUGCUGCACAUCGCGCGCACACAGGGUCCCGCCGGCUUGUACCGGGGCCUGGAGGCUAAGCUGUGGCAGACGGUGCUCACGGCGGCCCUCAUGUUCGUCGCCUACGAGAAGAUCGUGCGCUUCGUCAUGCGACUGCUCAAGCCUUCCGUGCGGGCUGCGUACUGACCGCUCCGCCGCUCGGACACCACGGCUCUCUCGAGCACAGGGGCCACCUUGGCGGCUUGCCAGACCCUGCACAAAGGCGAUGCUCGGCCGUCUGGCUGCGGAGGUGGUCUUCACUUGCGCCCCAGGGACAGCCGCCGCGACUGCCAGCUGCUGUACUUGGCGUAGGCUGCCUGGAGCAGGUCGUCAAGGUGGUCUGCCAGCUGCAAGGAAGGCGGCCAUGCAGCGCUCCGCAGGCUUCUUUCUGGCUGGGCAAGCAGUCAACUGGCUAACACUGCAACUUGCAAUACUCCAGCACAACAUACUCACUCAAAUAAAGGUGGGAAAAGGGGAAGGCAUGCAACAAAA